GUACAUACCAAUGCCGCGGCGCUAAGUGUUGGGGACUGAGGGUUGACAGCUGCGAUUUACCCCUUUCAUUAGCAAAGUUGCCUGUUGUCUGUUGAAUGUUGGGUGGAAUUAGUCGCCUCAAUAUGAUGGAACAUAUUCAUCUGGCGGGGGAGGAUGAAGAUGACCUGUACUCAGGCUACAAUGAUUAUAAUGCUACUCUGGAUACGGAGGACUUAGCAGCUGAUGAAAGUUUCCAGAAAGCAGUGUUAAGAACCAGUCAUGGAAGGAGACCUCCUCCUACUGCAGCGAAGGUUCCUGGGACCUCUGUACGAUUUGGGACUGGUCUCAAAAGCCGAGCUGGCAUGCCCUCAUCUCUGGGUCGCAUUGGUACUGCGGCAGGACAGGAUGGCACAAGUCGACCGAUGACAGCUGUGAGGGCUGCAGGCUACACAUCUGCAGGGGCAGCCAGAGGAGCCAAUUUUGACCCAAUGAACCAAGCAGCUAAAGGUCCAGCCCCUCCGCUCGAACAGAAACCUGAAGAUAGCCCAGAAGAGAAGAUAAGGCACAUUGAGAAGAAGGUGAAUGAGCUGAUUGAGGAGAGCUGUUUUGCCAACAGUCGAGGAGAGUUACAGCUGGCUCUAGAAAAGGCCAAAGAAGCAGGAAGGAAGGAGAGGGUGCUAGUGCGUCAGAGAGAACAGCUGUCGGUGGGAGACCAGAUUAACCUCGACCUGACUUACUCCGUCUUGUUUAAUCUAGCCAAUCAGUAUGCAGCAAAUGAGAUGUUUGCUGAAGCUCUCAAUACCUACCAGGUUAUUGUGAAGAAUAAGAUGUUCAGUAAUGCAGGGAGAUUGAAAGUGAAUAUGGGAAACAUAUACUUUCGCCAGAGGAACUAUCAGAAAGCAGUCAAAAUGUACAGAAUGGCUUUGGACCAGGUGCCUAAUACACACAAAGAAAUGAGAACAAAGAUCAUGCAGAACAUUGGGAUAGUGUUUGUAAAGAUGGGUCAGUACAAUGAUGCUAUUACCUCAUUUGAGCACAUCAUGUCAGAGACACCCACCUUUAAGACAGGCUUUAACUUGAUUCUGUGUUACUUUGCCUUGGGGGACCGAGAGAAAAUGAAGAGGGCAUUCAUGAAGCUGCUGACCGUAGACCUGAGGAUGGACGAUGAGGACAAGUAUCUAGCUCAUGGUCAAGAUGAUAAACAGUACAACCUAGUGCUGGAAGUAAUCAAGAAUGAUGCUCUCCGUCAGAUUGAGAGAGAGAGGAAAUACGAGGCUGACAAUUGCAUCAAGACAGCAGCUAAAAUCAUUGCUCCAGCCAUUGAGGCCACGUUUGCUACUGGCUAUGAUUGGUGCAUAGAACAGGUGAGGUCAUCCCAGUAUGUUGACCUGGGCCAUGACCUGGAAAUUGACAAGGCCAUCAUGUAUCUGAAACAGAAAGACUUCCAACAGGCCAUAGAAACACUCAAGUCAUUUGAGAAGAAGGACUCUAAAGUUGCCAGCACUGCUGCCACCAACCUUUCCUUCCUAUAUUUCUUGCAACAGAAAGAGGAAAAGGAUAUGGCCCAGGCUGAUAAGUAUGCUGACAUUGCCAUGGCAGCUGACAGGUAUAAUCCAUCAGCUUUGGUGAACAAGGGAAACGUACUGUUUGCAAAGCAGGAUUAUGAAAAAGCUCGAGAAUUUUAUAAAGAAUCGUUGCAGAAUGACUCUUCCUGUGUGGAGGGACUGUUCAAUAUGGGUUUAAGUAACAAGAAGAUAGGUCGUCUUGAGGAUGCCCUGGACUGUUUCUAUAAGCUCCAUGCCAUACUCAGAAACAGCCCUCAAGUGAUAUACCAGAUAGCUGACAUAUAUGACAAGUUGGAAGAUACAGCACAGUCUACAGAAUGGUUUAUGCAGUUGGUAGGCAUAGUGCCAACAGAUCCGUCUGUCCUCAGAAGGCUGGGAGAGAUUUAUGACAAUGAAGGGGACAAGUCGCAGUCAUUCCAGUACCAUUUAGAUUCGUACAGAUACUUUCCGUCCAACAUUGAUGUGAUAGAGUGGUUAGGAGCCUAUUACAUUGACUCCCAGUUCUGUGAGAAAGCCAUACAUUAUUUUGAGAGAGCUGCUCUGGUGCAGCCCAAUGAGGUGAAAUGGCAGUUAAUGGUGGCUAGUUGUCACCGCAGAAGUGGGAGUUAUCAGCUGGCUUUAGAGUACUACAAACUCAUACACAAGAGGUUCCCUGACAAUGUUGAAUGUUUGAAGUUUUUGGUUAGACUCUGUACUGACAUGGGAAUGAAAGAAGCCCAGGAGUAUGCCACAAAAUUAAAGAAAGCAGAAAAAGCAAAAGAGCUUAAAGAACAGAGGUCAAGCAGUGCUACACGACGAGGCAGCGGUCGAGGCCGUAGAGAGGGCAGUGCCGGCAGUGAUCGCGAAGGGAGUGCAGAUGCGAGGUCAACAAGGAGUCAGAGGUCAGCUGGAGGAAGUGGGCGCCGGCGACCUAAUUUAGAUGACACUGAUGAGCCUUAUCAGGUGUCCAACAAACAGGAAGUUGAUGGCAGCUAUGUUGAUCCACUCGGUCCGUUGGCUGAACGACCCAAAACUGCAGCGAAACGACGGGAUGAUAUUGACGAGUUUGCAGAUGAAGAGCUGGGAGAGGACAUGUUGCCUGAAUAGUUACUCUUCUCUUUGUCACAUGUCUCAUUAAUAGUAUUUCACAGAAAGUUUAACCUGUAAAAUACACUUUUGGAAGCACAUAAAUGCCUUAAAAUGAUUUUUUUUUAUGCCAGUGCAAGCUUUUCUGAUAAGACAUUAAUAAAACUUCACAAAAAAGUGGCCUUUUAAUGAAUAAGGUGAACGAAUCAGUCAGAAUCAAGAAAAAUGUGUGACUUGAAAGAAGGUGAAAUACAGCAUUAUUGUUUUAUCUGGUGUUCGUACGGAAAGCUUCUGGUACUAAUUCUUCCACUGUCUGCCAUAAGUGUGUUUUGCAGCAUAUAGAUUUCUAUAUAAAUACAUGCGAUAACACUUGAUAGAGCCAUCCGUCCAGUUGUUCUUGCUUCAGUGUUCUCUUACAGUAAGAAACUGGAAGUUUUUAUGGAUAUCAUUUUUGUAAACAUCCUCCAUGUGACUUGCACAUGUUCUUAAACUUCGGCUCCAGUUCCGAAGCCAUUGUAUUUCUAAAGGAAACUUAAAUAAUAAGGUAUUUCGUGAAACACCAAUCAAAUGAAAUAAAAAAAUAAUUUAAGUUAUAAAGGACACAGAUGAUCUGAAUUGUUUUCCUAAGUUUACGUCAAGUAUGGACGAAUCUGGGAAGUUACAAGCAAAUUUGUGAAGACAUUCUUGACAACAUUUUAGUUAUUUCCAUGAAAUAAAUAUCAAAUAUUUUGGGUAAGUGGGAAUGUCUGCAAGCAGUCUUCGGACUGUCGUGGGUUUUCCUCCCGGGUUCUGCUCGGUUUCCUCCCCCCCCUUCUUGAGUAUGGCGUAAAACACCAAUUAAAUAAAUAAAUAAAUCCUGAGGGGCCAAAUUUUCAUCUGCUACACUGAACAAUUCUGGGAAACUUUUUGUUGUGGUAAGUUACACAAACAUAAGUAUUAUUAAAAUUAUUCCUGUACUCCAUCCUAUUGUCCGUUAGGAAACAUUUUUUUCAUCUCCCCCCACCCCCCUUCCAAAAAAAAAAACAAAAAACGUAAGAGCUAGAAUCUGUGAAGUCAACGUUUGUUAUCUCAGACGAAGAGGUCAUAUUAUCUGUUAUUUAAAGUGAUGUAAAUUAGUUUGCUGUCUGGUCACAUAGAUAAAAUCUCAUACCAGUAAGCCUAAUAUCCAUGGAAGCAUUGGAAUUUAUAGAAAUAAGUACAUGCGUCUUCUACUAGAGCAGACAUCCAAAGGCUCACCAAUGCUAAAGGCAAAAUGCCUUAGCUACAAUUCUGGUUAAUUUUUGUUUCUGUUUACCUCCUUCAUUUCAGUCUGUGAUAAUUGUGUACAUGUAUAUUAUUUUGUACUUAAUAGUCAUACAUAUAAAUGGUAAUAUAAAAACAAAGUACAAAAUGUAUUCUUUUUUUUUUUGUUCGAAUGUGAAUUGUAUGUAGUUGUACAUUACUCUGUAGUUAAGUUUUUUCAUAAUCUCGGCCGUUCUGGCAAAUAAAAUCUC